AUGGUAUAUUCACUCCUAGCUGCGAGUGCUCAUCCAAACCUUCGUGCUGGUAAGGAUGAGAAGGCGGACCUUACUGCUCUGCAUCUGGCUAUCUCGAACAAAGACACGGUUGUAAUCGAUGCCCUUGUAGAAGCCGGUGCUGAGGUUGACGCUCAGGGAGGUGCAACAUGUGAAACACCGUUGCACCUGGCGACCAAGCUGGAGUCAUUCAACGCAGUGGCCAUGCUCUUGGCGCACGAAGCUGACCCGAACAAGAUGAAUGGUAACCAGUACUCUGCUCUCCACCUGGCGGCUGAGAGCGGCAGCACUGCCAUCGUUCAUGCGCUCCUGGCCGAGGGUGCACAGCCGAACCUUCGAGGAGGCGAGGAUGGAAAGACCGCGUUGGACCUCGCCACGGUCGGGGGCCAUGCUGAGACUGUGACAGCUUUAGUCCAGCACCGGGCGAGCUUGAACGCUACGGACAAGAUUGGCCGUACGGCCAUGCACGCUGCUGCCUCCUACAACAACGCCGGGAUCAUCGAUGUUCUUGCCGCCGCCGAUGCUAAUGUCGACGCGAGGGACCAAAAGAGUUGGACACCUGUGCAUGUCGCGUCGUCUCAAGGGUACGCGGAAGCUGUCACGGCGUUCAUGAGGCACGAGGGUGGUGGCAACCAUUACAACACCGAAAAAGAAUCGCCGCUCCACCUUGCAGUACGUAAAGGCCAUUGCGCUGCUGUGACCGCCAUCUUGGUCGGCGGCGCAAAUCCUAACCUCUGCAAAGAUGCUGACUCUCCGUUGUACCUGGCUGCUUGUUGUUCGAGACUAGUUGUGGUGAAGGUGUUGAUUCAAGACGGAGCGAACGUCAAGGAAAUCUGCUCCAACCGUGCUACCGCCUUGCACACAGCUGUCAAGAAUGUCGAUGUAGUUGAAGCACUCAUCGAUGCAGGAGCCCACCUCGAGGAUGACGAGGGCUGUACUCCUCUUCACCGUGCUCUCGCUCGGGGGUGCUUCAAAAUCGUCCUCGCCCUGCUGAAGUAUGACGCCGACCCCACCAAGCUGACGGUCAACGGCCGUGGUAGCCUUUACGCGGCCGCGGAAGGGGGUAACGUAUCCUGCGUAGAACUAGUUCUCGCCGACGGUGUGGACAUCAAUUUCGCGACAUCGCGGGGUCCACCGCACUGCACGUGGCUGCUCGUCGUUCCUCCGAAGUCGUGGAGAAACUGCUCCAACACGGCGCGGACACGGAGGCUCGAAAUGUGUCUGACCGCACUCCACUCCACGAGGCCACCUUGA